AUGUCUGCCGGGGGAGAGCAUCUAAAAGAUGAAGGCACACGGCGACAGGUCGUCCUUGCGGGCGGAAUAGCCGGCCUUAUCUCACGAUUCUGCAUUGCACCGCUGGACGUGGUAAAAAUCCGCCUCCAACUCCAAGUUCACUCCCUCUCCGACCCUGCUUCGCACGCGCACAUCACCGGGCCCGUGUACAAAGGCACCCUGUCCACGAUCAAAACCAUCCUCCGCGAAGAAGGCAUCACGGGACUAUGGAAGGGCAACAUUCCCGCAGAACUGAUGUACGUCUGUUACGGCGCGAUCCAGUUUACCGCAUACCGAAGCACAACGCAGUUACUCGCCCAGCUUGACAGCUACCGGCUCCCGCAGCCCGUUGAAUCCUUUGUAUCCGGCGCCGUGGCCGGUGGAGCCGCGACGGCCUCGACAUACCCGCUUGAUCUGUUGCGGACGCGCUUUGCGGCGCAGGGGUCUGGUGAGCAUCGGGUCUAUGGAUCGCUGCUUGCGUCCGUGAGGGAAAUAGCGCGACAUGAGGGCGGCGCCGGAUUCUUCCGUGGCUGCAGUGCUGCUGUGGGGCAGAUUGUGCCGUAUAUGGGGUUGUUUUUUGCGACGUAUGAGGCGUUGCGGCCUGCGACGGCGUCUAUCUCGCACGUCGAUGGCCUACCCCUACCGCCUGGGUCUGGUGACGCCGUUGCCGGCGUGAUUGCGAGUGUAAUUUCAAAGACGGGUGUGUUCCCGCUUGACCUGGUGCGGAAGCGCUUGCAGGUCCAGGGUCCUACGCGGGCUUUGUAUGUCCAUCGGAAUAUCCCCGAGUAUCGCGGGGUUUUCAGUACCAUGGCGAUGAUCUACAGGACGCAUGGUGUCCGGGGCUUGUACCGUGGGUUGACAGUCAGUCUGUUCAAAGCUGCCCCGGCGAGCGCGGUCACCAUGUGGACAUACGAGAGGGCGCUGAAGCUUCUUCAGGAACACGAAGUGGCCGCCAGUAAUUAA